CGGUUAUUGGGUCUGAAUGUCAUUGAACUGAACCAGAGUUCUUUUAAAUAUUAAGUUAUUGAUACGGGCUGUCAUUGAACAGGCUAUGUAUAGCAGGUCAACCAAAGCGAUCCGCCUCAUCCUCUGUACCUAACUGACAUUUUGACCUCCAGAGUUGAGUGUUUUUUAAAAACCAUUUAUGAGUCUAGGGACUAGAGGAGAGUAAGAUUGUAAGAAAUAAAGAAGGAAUUUCAGUUAAAACCGCUUCACCAAAUCAUAUACGUUAUGCUUUACUAGGACAUACCUCUUAUUUUCUUUUGAACAGGGACAGUCCAAGGUUUUUAUAUACCACACCGAAACAAUCAAGCCAUAUCACAGCUUUUUUAUUGCACUAUUUUCUUGUUGUAUCGUAAAAUCACUAAGCCUUCAAUUAAGUUAUUUACCUCUCGCACGCGCACAUUUCUUGAUAUUCCUUAUAUUUACCCAAAUCCACUGUAAGGAACCAUUUAAAGACUAAAGAAAAACCAAGCAAUUUAAAAGUAUCAGCCUUGAGAUUGACACACAAUUGAGCAGAAGUUGUUGUUAUUGUCCUCCUAUAUAAGCCAGUAAUUCAAGCAUAGAGCAGCAUGGGCUCGAUUUUAUAAGAACACAUCUUUAAAUAGUGGCUCUGUUGAUCUACUUUUACGUUUACAAAGGCAUUACAGUGGAGGAUCUUUAAGCCUCUUGCAGCUGUCCGAGUCCAUCUCAAUCAAAUACCCCCCUCUAUCUCUGUCUUACCCCCUCCUCUCAGACAAGGCCAAAGGUCAAGUUGAAUAGACAUCCCACAACUUUUAAGCAAAGGGACAGAUUUUGUUUUCUGAACACACGGUUUAGGGAGGGCGAAUCUACCCUUUCUUUCUUUUUGUCCCCCUCUUUCCGGUGAACAUGCAGAGGUCUUCUCUCGUUCUGGUCCGAUUGAGAAGGGGACUCCUCUACCUCCCUCUCUAACCCCCUCAAUCCCCCUCUCUCUCUACGCCCUUUCUCUUAAUCUAUAAUCCAUCCCUCCAUCCACACACCCCAAACAAAUCCCCCUACCCCCUCAUCCCCACCUCCCCCCUGGGUGGGGUAAUUCCACCGUCCCCCCCCUCCCCUCUCCCCCUGUGUGAUGCCGGGCAGCAGUAAGAGUGGGGGUGUGGGUGGCCUCCUCGCCCCCCACACCGCCUCCCCGUCCCGGCCACUUCGCCCGUCCCGCUACGUGCCCGUGUCGGCAGCGACGGCCUUCCUGGUGGGAUCCACCACACUCUUCUUCUGCUUCACGUGUCCAUGGCUGACGGAGCAGUUCUCGGUUGCCGUGCCGAUCUACAACGGUGUCAUCUUCCUGUUCGUCCUGGCCAACUUCUGCAUGGCCACAUUCAUGGACCCGGGCAUCUUCCCCAGAGCGGAUGAGGAUGAGGACAAGGAGGAUGAUUUCCGCGCUCCACUCUACAAGACGGUGGAGAUCCGAGGCAUCCAGGUCAGGAUGAAGUGGUGUUCAACCUGCCGCUUCUACAGACCGCCCCGCUGCUCACACUGCUCCGUGUGUGACAACUGUGUGGAGGACUUUGACCACCACUGCCCGUGGGUGAACAACUGUAUCGGCCGGAGGAACUACCGUUACUUCUUCCUGUUCCUGCUGUCCCUGACGGUCCACAUCAUGGGAGUGUUUGGCUUCGGACUGCUCUACAUCCUCUACCACACACAGCAGCUGGACAGGGUCCACUCUGCCGUCACUAUGGCAGUGAUGUGUGUGGCUGGUCUCUUCUUCAUCCCAGUGGCUGGUCUCACUGGCUUCCACAUGGUACUGGUGGCCCGGGGGAGAACCACCAACGAACAGGUGACGGGGAAGUUUAGGGGAGGAGUGAACCCUUUCACUAAUGGCUGUUGGAAGAACGUUUCUCACGUGCUCUGCAGCUCCCAAGCACCCAGGUACCUGGGGAGGAAGAGGAAGCUUCACAGUGUGGUUGUCCAGCCUCCAUUCCUCCGGCCACAGCUCACUGACACCCAGCUGGCCGCCAAGGUCCUCGACAACGGUAUCCACGGAGACCUCCACCGGUCUAAGAGUAGUCUGGAGAUGAUGGAGAGUCAGUCGUGCGAUGCGGAGCCCGCUCCUCCACCCAAACCAGAGCUCAGGUACCCCGGCCUGUCCAGAGGCCACCACGGGCAACACACAGAGGAGAGUAGUCUUCUGAACAAAGCCCCGCCCACACCCACCAUGUAUAAGUACAGGCCGACCUAUAGCAGUCCAGGAAAGAACCACACUGCCCUCACCCAUGCCUACGCCAACCAGAUGAGUCGAGGGGACAGUCUGAAGGAGUCGUCCUCUCUGCUCCAGUCCAGCCAGCAGCCUGGCUUCCGCUCUGAACCCAGUCUGGAUGGGAGAGAGGCCCCAGGGGAGAGAGGAGGAUUGGGAGGAGGUGGAGACAGACCUGGAGGAGGGGGUCAGAGGGGGGCACCAGGGUCAGGGGGUGGCGGUAUCCCCGGUUACUCCCUAGGGGGACGUUCCUACCCCUCCUUCUCAGACCCAACGGUUCUAUCUACCGGCGGAGGGGGAGGGGCUUCCCGUUCUUCCAGUGUGCGUUCUGGCCCUGCCCACAACGCGGCCCACGUCUCCGAGGCGACGACCUCCACGAGCUACAAGAGCCUGGCCAAUCAGACGCCUCCGCCGCGCAACGGCAGCCUAUCGUACGACAGCCUGCUCACGCCCUCCGAGAGCCCCGACUUUGAGUCGGCCGCCCCCGACAUGUCGCCCGGGCGCCACCAUACCCCCAUCCCGCCCGGCCCGGGCCCUGUCCUGGGGUACUCCUCCCCCUACCUGUCGGCCCAGCUCAGCCAGCAGAGAGACGCAGAGCUCCACCAGCCCUCCGCCUCCUCGGUAGCCCUCCUCUCCUCCCCGCACCGUGCCCACUAUCUCCGCGCCUCCUCCUCCUCCCCCCCGCCUCUCCCCGAGAGGGAGCGACUCCUCCAGGAAUCGCACAACCACUCUCAGCCCCCUCCCUCCUCCGCGGCCCCCCAGCCCCCCCACCCACACCACCACCACCAUCACCACCACCACCACAGCAGCCACAGCUCCAGACACCCCCGCUUCUCCCGGCCCCCGCUCCUGUCCGACUCGGCCGCCCACCACCAUUACCCCUACCGCACCCGGUCCACGGACACCCCCCUGGCCCCCUCCACGCACCCCCCGCGCUCCCCCCAUCCCCCGCCGCUGGGGAAGUCUCUGUCGUACUCUUCGGCGGCGGCAGCAGAGAUGCAGUACCGGAUGGUGCGCAAGGCGUCGGCCUCGGUCGGAGGGGGAGGGGCGGGAGGGGGAGGGGGGAUCCAGGCACCUAAGGAUGAGAUUCAGAUGAAGUUGUUCAGCCGGACGAAACGGUCACCCAGGUCCUCCCUUUCCUCCUCAGGCUCCACCCCUUCCUCCCCCUCUCACCCAAUCAGCAUGUCCACUCGCCCGCAGGCUUAUCCCAGCCCUGGAAACACCCAGAGCCCUGCCCACAAGCCGGGGGGCGGGGUGAAGAAGGUGACGGGCGUCGGCGGGACCACCUAUGAGAUUUCAGUCUGAGUUUGACGGGCGGCGACUCCGACUAAUGGCAUCAGGGGUAGGAGGUGAAGGAGGGGUCAGAGAUGGACUGAUGAUAUUUCUGCCUCUAAGACCCUUCAGGAGAGAGGAAAGCUUUUAAUAAACAGACGUUUUAAAAGUUGGGUGAUAAAACUGACUUUUCUUGCUCCUCUUCCAAACGUGAUGGACUCCGGACUUCCCCUCUCGUUCAGAGACCUCCAGUCAAGGAACUACAGAACUAAUCGGGAGGAAGUUGUUUAACCAAUCACAUUCAAGAACACAAUGCACCAUUAUGACAUGGUGGGCGUAUGGGCCCAGGGAGCCAAUCAUAUCCCUGAAGAGGCGGGACACUUUGACAAUCCACCAAUUUCUGGGCGGAAUGAACUCUGGGAAUGGUCGACUGACAGUUAUGACUGGGUUUGCCUUUUAUUGGAUAAAACAAGGAAGAUCAACAUGGCUGCCUUUACACAGGCAGCCCAAUUCUGAUCUUUUUUUGACCAAUCAGAUCAGCUCUGAAAAGAGCUGAUGUAAAAGGAUCUGAUCUGAUUGGGCAAAAUAAAUCUGAAUUGGGCUGCCUGUGUAAACACAGCCCAUAUUUAAAAAAAAUAUGUUCAUUUAUUAAUUCAUUCAUAAAUGUGUAAUGAUUCAUUCUCUGUACAGAAUUAUAUGGUUUGGAAUUUAUGGUGAUUUCCUCCAAUCAGUGGCAUUUAAAGGUGACCGCGGCAUGCUCCGGCCACUAUCGACCACUGUGAUUGGCUAGUGACCUCGCUGCCAUUCUCUCACGACCAAUCAGAAAUGGAGAUGCUAAACUGUAGUAGACGGGUAGGGUCAUUGGUGAAUUUCGUUUUGCCUGGCCCUGUGCCCUGGGAGGGAUUUCACUUAAGGACCAAUGGAAUGGUAAAAAAAUAAAAAUACCUGACCAGUGACGAAAUCGUCAGGUCUGUACUUUAAGGAUGGAGCAGCCUUUUCUAAACAAACCUUGGAGCAAUGGCCUUGAAAAUCAAGGAGAGAAGUGUUUUUUUUAAUUUUACUUAUUUAAUUUCAAAAUGUUCUUUUAUAUGAAUUUAUAUAUAGCUGUUGAUAAGAUCAAGAUUUUUUUUAAUGGGCUGAUAGGGUUUUUCUGCUUUGAGUUAAUUUAAAAAUUGUAACUGAACAGGAAAAAAAACUGUUGCCGCGUUCACGUGCUAGUCAGAACUUGGAAAUGUUUGACUUGCUAACUGCUUUUAGUUUAACACGUGCCGCGUUCAACCAGUUAGCAAGUCAAAAAUGUCAGUUUCCUAGUUCCGACUAGCCCUUGAACGCGGCUCAUUUAGAUUGAUGGCUGCACCAGCCAAUCAGAGGCUGUGUUUUGAGUCUUCAGCCAAAGAGAGGAGCUGGACAAUUAUGGUUCAGCCAAUGGGAACCAAUGUAUUUGAUAAAAGAAGGCAAUGUAGCAUUUUUAAGUCCUUUGAUACACAGUAACCACUCGAUUUCUCGUGGGGCAUAUUUCAGAAAUACUCUGUUGUACUUUGUUUACUUCUGAGCUUUGUAAUGGUUGUGUCUGAAAUGGCACCCUAUUCACUAUGUAGUGCACUACUUUUGACCAGGGCCUAUAAGGAAUAGGGUGCCAUAACACACACAACCAAAUAUUUGUUUUAUUGGUCCAGAUACUGACAUCUCUGGUUGCCUUCCACUAGCUGACCUAUUGGGAAAGUAGCGAGAAUCACAUGCUUUGGCGCGACCAAUCCAGAGAGGGCAAGUGAUUCAUAUCAGCCUACUCUUUUAUUUGUUAAUGGUUAAACCAAUGAGAUGAGCAGCUGAAAGUAACACCCUUUUUAUAUUUAAUUUAUACUUUUCUUUGCAAGAUUUUAGGACAAUUUACAGGGCAUUGCUUUAGACUUACAGUUUGUUUGACCAGUCAGAAAUGGGCUAGGACUAAAAGAGCACGUCGCCCAAUGAGAAGGCAAAGAUGUUUGACUGCCAUCAGGAACAGCCAAUGCCUUUUGCAGAUGAUGUUUAGACAAGUACGGGCCUGGGACUUGGGUGUUUGAAAUUGGAAGAAAAAAAAAGAUAUGUACUGUAUAGAGCUCUGUGUGUGUGUGUGGGCGUGUAUGUGCGUGUGUUUGAGCAUUGGUAAUAAAGUCUUUAAAACCAAA